AAAUGAUAAACUGCACAUUGCCCUUCAAUAAUUAAAAGCUUAUAAGCAAAGUAAAGAGGAGGAAUCGUUAAGAGAUAACCUUUCGAAGUAUGAAUUAGAGCUAGAACAGCAAAAUCAGCAAAUUUGUCAUCUCAAAGAUUUGUUUAAAGAUUCAGAGCUGAAGACAGAACAGCUUAAUGGAAAAAAUAGAAUUCUAGAAACGAAAGCAAAAGACAUAAAUAUAGAGAAUAACAAUCUAAGAGAGGAACAUCAACAUUUCCGGAAUGAAAUCAAGCAUCGGGAUAAACGAAUUUCAGACUUAGAAACCAAAUUGCGGGUUGCAGCAGAAGAAAGGAUUAAAGAAAAAUCAUUUGAAAAUGAGAGGGAGGCUCAGCUAAGAGAUCAACUUCAUCAAACUAUUGAAGAGCUACAUGCCACAGAAGCUGAACUUGAAGAUACAAAAACAAGACUGAGUAAGUCCAUGGGACUUAAACUGACCGACAGCAAUCCAAAUGUAACGGAUUUGAGUGAUAGACACCGCCCAACAAAACUUGCGGAAAAGUACGCUGAACUGUAUGACAAUCAGUGGACAGAUGCUUUUGAUGUCCUUGAUAAAAUCUUUCCAUCAGAAGAAAAGAUCAUAAACAUUCUUCUCAACAUAUUGCUGGAUGUAAUGAGAUUCUGCAAAGAAAAGGCAACCGAGCAAAUGAAGUUGUUGACGCAACACUUACAGUUUACAGAUACAAAUAUAAAGGGAGACAAUUCAACUGACUUUAUGAAACUAGUAAAAGAUUGCAGAAAGGCUGCAGCAACUACAGCCAUGGUAAACCUUAAAAAGAUACACCAGCUGUACCUUACGCAAUCAGCUAACGAAACGUUAAAAACUGCAUUAGAUGUCGAAGCAAUUACAUCAGAAUGUCUUGAAGUUUGCUGGUUUAUGGCGGUACAAGACCCUCCUGUCGCUUUUGCAGCAUUGCUAACAAACGGAUCAAGUUUUGAAACGGAGUUGUAUAAGCCGUAUACAAUCAGUGGGACACAUGUAGAAUAUGUGGUGUGGCCUCCCCUUGUUUUACACGAAAAUGGCCCAAUUUUAGCAAAGGGCAUAGCGCAAGGCUGUGGGAAGAAAUUGUAAUCGGCUUCAUAAAUUAUUGCACAUUCAGAUAGAGACAAUUUGUGAUGUCUCCGACAUAUCUACAUUUUGUACAUUAAUCAGAAAAGUAGUUCAUCAUGCAUAAUCAGGAUAUCUAUAUAUUAAGCGGAAUUUGUAGCCAGGUAAUUCUCCUUCCGAAUAUGAUUUUAAUGUUGUCUUAAACUACUAAAUUAUGAUUUAGAUGAUUUAGCGCAAUAUCCUUCUCGUUUUGGAGGAUGCCUCUUUUGUUUAGGAAGUAAAUAUUAACAGCUGAUUGAUUUAUUUAUCAUAUGUAUAUUUGGUGUACUCAUUUUGUUAAUAUCUAUUUUCCCACAUCUUUCAAACACAUUUUGCAAUAUUUUUUUUUUCAAAAUGUGGUCACGAUUAUUUUUCUCUUUACUUUUCAUAUCAGAAUACUAUAAAACAAUAUAACUGUAGGUACUGCGGCAUUAAGUGUUUAAUACGAAUCAUAAAACAACAUUUAAACCAAUCAUAUUCAAUAUUUGAUAUUUGAAUCCUGACUUUAUUCAUUAAUAUUAUAUAUUCCGCGAACAUUCUCCAUUGUUGCAUCGACCAUUUCAGCACGUGCAAGCUAAAAGACCGGAAUACUUUCAUCAUAGUAACUUAAGUGAAUAUCUAUAAUAAGUUUAUAUCUUUAGUCUGUAGUUUAUAAAUUGAAAAUAUUUUGAAUUUUGAAAACAGAUUUUAAACAUAAAAGUGUAUACAUUUCUUAAAAAUAUUUCAUUAUUAUAUAUAGCUUUAUACUAAGCAGUACCCAUUUAAUAAUUAUAACACAGAAUCAUGUGUGUAUGUGCUUUUAAUGAGUGCAGUAUUUCAGGAGCUGUGCCGAUGGGUGUAAAAGUUUCAGUUUGUCAUGUUUACCAUUAUACUAUUAAUAUGAUAAAACUUAUUAGGAUAGAGGUGAUAAGUAAACGAAACAGAUGUAAGGAAUGUGUUCUUUGUAAGAAAGCAAAACAUUAAUAAAUGUUUCUAAUCAUUUAA